GGUCCAGGCGUGGCUUUCAGAUGGGUGUGGUUUCUUGUGAAGGAAGUUUUCUUUCGGCAGUAACUUGACUGGCGAGUCGGCAACACAUGCUGGUUGAAUCUUGACUGAAAUCUGCUGAAGAAGAACAAGAAGAAGAUUAACUCGAGUGGAAUGGACAUACAGUAAAGACUGUUUUUUAUGUGCCACCUUUGAAAGGUUAACGGUCUCUGGAACAGGGGAGCUGUGUGAUCAAGGAUGGGCCUCUUGCAGCUGCUGAAAUCCCAGUUCUUGAGCCACCUGAUCAUCUGCUAUGUCUUCCUGGUCAGCGGCCUCAUUAUCAACCUGCUGCAGAUCUGUACUUUACCUCUGUGGUGGGUCAGUAAGCAGCUGGCCCGCAGGCUCAACAUCAGACUGUCGUACUGCGUCAGUAGCCAGUUGGUAGCUCUCCUGGAAUGGUGGUCCGGGACUGAAUGCACGCUCUAUACAGACCCAAAGAGUUAUCAACUGUAUGGGAAGGAGAAUGGAAUUGUGGUUCUCAAUCACUGCUAUGAGAUAGACUUCCUGUGUGGCUGGACCUUCUGUGACCGGUUCGGAGUUCUUGGGAGCUCAAAGGUGUUAGCCAAAAAGGAGUUGAGUUACGUACCUAUUAUUGGCUGGAUGUGGUACUUCCUGGAGAUAGUUUUCUGCAAGAGGAAGUGGGAGGAAGACCGAAGGACGGUGGCACAGAGUCUUCAGAACCUGCAUGAUUACCCAGAAAACUUUUGGUUCUUGCUUUUCUGUGAAGGAACACGCUUCACAGCACAGAAGCACCAGGUCAGCAUGCAGGUGGCUGAGAGCAAAAAUUUACCCAAACUGAAGCAUCAUCUCCUGCCCAGGACCAAAGGAUUCUGGGUAACCGUCCAAAACCUCAGAGGAACUGCUGCAGCCGUUUAUGAUUCCACACUGAACUUUAGAAACAAUGAGAUGCCAACCUUGCUUGGAAUUCUUAACGGGAAGAAAUAUCAUGCAGAUUUAUAUGUGAGGAGAAUCCCACUGGAGUCGAUCCCAGAGGAUGAGGCAGAGUGUGCUGCUUGGCUGCACAAACUCUACCAGGAAAAGGACAGCUUUCAGGAGCACUACACACAAACGGGGCGUUUCCCUGGCCCCACGGUGAGCACCCCAAACAAACCCUGGGCCUUGAUCAACUGGCUUUUCUGGGCCUGCUUGCUCGUCUACCCGCUAGGCCUGCUAGUCGCUCAACUGAUCAGCUCUGGAUCGAUGCUGACCAUCUUGGCUUCUGUGGCUCUCUGCUCUGCAGCUUCACUGGGAGUUCGGUGGAUGAUUGGCCAGACUGAGAUCGGCAGAGGCUCCAACUAUGGGAAUAAGGAGGUUCCUCUAAAUAACAACUAAAGACUCCUGCUCAGGGCUGCUUUUUUUGCACAGUUCCUCAUCUGCAAGCUGCUGCCAGCAGCAGCAAAACAUGUAAACACCGGUCUGACAGGACUGGUCUGACAAGUGCAAACCUGCUUUAAAGCACAGUGCAGCCUCGCACAUGCACUUUGCUGCAGAAGCUUAAGAUGUAAGAACAUGAAACUUGAGCGUGGUGGGCAGCGAUUUUUGAUAAACUUAAGAUAAGAAUAUGAGGCAAGAGGCGUUGCUCCGUUGUCCUGAAAUCAAAGUGCAAUUAUUUGAUCAGUCAACAAACAUUUCUGCUGAUAAGUCAAACUGGAAUUAACCAAGCUUAAAAUGGUCUACCUCUUUGAUUGUAAUGUAAAGCACGAAUGGAAUUUUAAUGUUGGAAUUAAAUACAUUUUGCUUUUAAAAAAACAUUUGUUUAAUAUAAGUGUUGUUUGUACCUAGCAACAGGAAGAAAAGCAGAAGUGGUGUUGUGUGUCAGCGUUUGUUUUUGCCUUACUUUACUUGACAAUUCAUAAGAGAUAAAUACUAUGACUAGAAGAUUAUUUGUGAAGCAGGAGGGCUUUAAAAAUACACGCUGAAGCAAUACCUUCCUCUCAAUUCUACAUAAUUGUAGGAUAAUACCCAUGCUUCUGCAGACUGAAAUAAAAAUGAGGAAAGAAUCAUCAUCUGAGUUGCA